AUGAAUGGUGCGCCAGGGGGUUCUCGGCAGUCGAAGAAAGCACCAGCGGAAGGCGCCGGCGCCAUUCGCCCUUCCUCCAUCCGUGCCCCUGCGCAACACCCACAGCAACAGCAGCAGCAACAACAGCAGCAGCAGCAACCGCAACAGCAACCCGCUGUUACCGCAGCUAUUUUUUCACAAGUGGAGGAAGCUGGCCCGAGCAGUCAGCCAAGCGUUGUUUCUCCAUCGCAGGCGCUUUCGCUUGGAGCCGGUGUUCAGCGAGCAACUGCUGCAUUAAGGGAACCAACAGCGCCAACCUUCAGUCCACUACAUUCAGCCACUGUACAGCAACUUGCCGGUUGGCCAACACAGUUUGAUAUACAGCAGCUGCAUUCGGCACAGGUCGCUGCCGCAGGGUUACGCUUCACUCAAGCACCAACGAGCCAGCAGCAACAGCCGGCACCGCCACAACCGCAGCCACCGCCAUCCGGAACAGAAAUGACCGUGUGUGCAGCACUUCCCUCUUUGCCUUCCCCUGCCACACCCAGUGCCUCACUGUUAGCGGGUAUUGGCCUCAGCCCGGGUUCCGGCCCUGGCCCUGGCCCGGCUACUCAGACGCCCAUUCAAAUGCUCGGCGCAAUGAAUCCAGCUCUCCUGGCGCAGUACCAAGUUAUUUUAGCUGCCGCUGCGCAGCAGCAGCAAGUUGCUGCAGCUGCGGCUGCAUCAUUAGCUGCUGCUUCUGGUGGCCGUCCAUCACAGAUUGGGUCACGCGUUGUGCCACCGCCACCGCCGCCGCCGCCUGCUCCGUCAGCAUCGGCGCUGUCUCCUGAACAAUCAAAUCUGCAACGGUACUUGCUGCACUUGCAACAACAGCAGCAACAGCUUGUUGGUGCUGCUGCAGCUGCCUCACACUUACUGCCCUCCUCACCACUGCAAGGUACCACUCCGCUGAUGGCCCAGAUGCAUGCCGCUCUGGCAGCAGUCGGAGUGCUGCCGCCGCCACCCGCUCCUCCGGCACUUCCCACGCCAACAACUGCCCCUGCUCCGUCACGUCCAGCUGCCGCCGCCGCCGUUGUCACCCAGCCACUGCCAUCGCCAAGUGCGCCGGAAGCAGCGCGACCAUCACGGGUUGAAUUUUUGCAGCCAACUUCUCAGCGACUACUUUCACGUGCAGCUCAGCGACAGCCGCCUUCAGUACUUGCUGCUGCUGCCACUUCUCAUCCACUCCCCUCCGCUACCGCUGCAGCUGCCGCACCUGCACCACAUGUUGUUGCAGGUCCUUCUACGUCACAGCCACAUUCUCAAGUUCCUGGCCGCGUUGUACUGAUGCCGCCUCCUUCACUGCCUCGUGUUCGUCAUGCCUCCUCCUCAACUCAGGAACGCCGCAGAUAUGCUCCGUAUCAACGCCCGCCAGCCGCUGUUCCUUCGGCCAGUGCGAUAGCUUCACUUGCUACGGCGGCAGCAGCAGGCACUGCUCCUGCCGUUGCUGCUGCCGCUGCUGCUGCUGCUGAAGGGCCUUCGUCGUCAUCGUUUCAGAUGGGAACACUCCCUUCACAACCCUACUAUCCUUCUCAUUUUAUGCGAGGUUUGUGCUAUUCGAUCUUCUUCAGCUCCCUUUUUUCUUGA